AGUCCUAAAAUUGAUUUUCCCUUGGCCUUAGAUGAGUCGGGAAAAUCAAGUAAAAGAGCAAAGCCAAGGAACCGGAGACAAGUUUUGAAUGUCACUUCAGCUACCAUCGGUAUACAUGACGUGCAAAAAGAAAUCCGCAAACAGUUUGCACAACUUAUGCCCACUAAGUACUGUAAGUCAAGUGAGAAGGUAUGUCCUGCAGGUCCCCCCGGAUAUCCUGGUCCCAUUGGUGCACGAGGACCACGUGGCAGGAGGGGACCUAGAGGAAAGGAAGGUAACCCAGGUAGCUUUGGACCACCUGGAAAAUCAGGAAUGACUGGACCUCCAGGAUCGAAAGGAGUAAAGGGAGAUAAGGGCGAUCCAGGAAUGCCGGGACCACCUGGUAGGCCUGGACAAUCGAUAUCUGCUCCACAAGUGAUGGUAUCACCCGCAAAUCACACUAGAGAUGAAGGAGGAAAUACGGCGAUUUAUUGUACGGUUGGAGGAAACCCUUCUCCUACUGUCGAAUGGCGAUUCAAGGGCAGAAAGCUUCUGUCAGGAGCAAAGUAUUUGGUUAAAAAAGCAGAGCUGAUCGUCAGGAAUCUGAACUAUAGCGAUGCUGGUCAGUACAAAUGUGCGGCAAGAAACAUUCUUGGAUCAUCUGAGGCGUCUGGUAAUUUGAAGGUUCGAGGUAAGAAGAACAAUAAGUUAAAUGAAGAAUGAUCCUCGCAGUUGUGAACGCAAUUAAUGCAAUUGCUUAAGAAACCUGAAAAAAAUUCAGGACUUCAACGGGAUGUGAACCCGUGACCUCACGAUACCAGUGCGAUGCUCUGACCAACUGAGCUAUGAAGCCACUGAUAUUGGGAGCAGGUCAAUUAUGUGUUCAAAAGUUUCCAUGAAGGAAAUGAAUGUGAUAGAUGUAUGAAAUAUAUCAUUUAAAACUGCGAGGAUCAUUCUUCAUUUGAUUUCAUUUCCGCAGUUCUUAUUUGAAUUAUUUCAUAUGGUUACAUCUAUCACAAGAACAAUGAGCUUUACUACAGUGAAAACCCUUUAGUAAGGCCGCUGAUGUGCCAUCAGGAUUUUGUCUUACCAACGUCAGGGGUUAGCCAUGGAUUAUUGUUUCCUGGCUGAUUGCUUAUCUUAUUACUGACGUGUUUUACAAUAGGGUCCUGUUACGUUGCUAUUGAGGGGGCAUGAAGUCCAGGAGGGUGACUGUCAUUAUAAAAAGGGCGAUGGUUUGUGUUAAAAGGGUGCGUGAUGAUUGUAAGCAACGGCUAGAAUUAAACUCUCGUAGGAAAUCCAUCAGAAGGUAGCUCAAGCUUUAUUAGUCAAGUCAUCCAGAGAAAUAAGAGAUUUUAGGAAGAUUUUUUGCGAUGAAGAUGCUGUCAUUGAAUGAUUUCGUUUUUUCCCUCCCGCUUCUCUACUCUUAUCAUUUUUCCUCAUGAAACGAUUUAUCGGCUCCUUGCUUUCUAUACAUUUAAUUAAUACAGUCUUUAAUUUAUUAGUUAACAAUAAAUAGGGAGAGGGGAGAGGGGCUUACUAACUUUCUUCCCCUGAAAUGGAAGGAAGGGGGGCUUAUUCGAGAGGGGGUUUCUUUUCAAGUGAAAUCCGCCGAUUCUGUGUAGUUUGGAAGACGGGUAAAAAUAAAUAAAUUAUAGCUUUUUUAAGUCACAUCAUAUUGAUUUUUCGUCUCUUAGGUCUUCCGAUCUUUACCAAAAAACCCUCAUCGCUGGUCUCAAAAAUAGAAUCCGCCACAAUACAAGAAACUUGCCAGGCAGAAGGGUAUCCACCUCCCAAGCUGACCUGGAUCAGACUUGUUUCUCCUUUACCUGUUGGAAAGACCGAAGUUAAGGAAGGAAAUCUCACUAUCGUGAAUUUAAGACCAGUGGACAGCGGUUUGUACCAAUGUGUAGCAACAAACAGCAUGGGAACAAAACAGGCCACAAUGAACUUGUUUGUGCAAAAAGGACCAGGUUUGUAUAUAGCACGUUACGCCGACCUCAUAUGUCAUGAUAAAACAUUUUACUGAAAGAUUAGCACUUCACCAUGUUUAGACAGACAAAUUAGACUUUAAUGUCUACGCUUGCAAAACUGAAAUUUUUUAUGUAUUCAAAAGACUAAGAUGCCCCUAAAUUUGCUACUGAGUCUCCAGGUGUACAACUGCAGUUGCAGAUGUGUAGCUGUAGUAUAAGAUGACGUCAUUUUUUACCUGCAGGUGCAAGUGUGCGGUAUAGUCUCCAAUGACGUAAUUUUUGUCUCACACCUUCAUACCUGGAGAAACUAAACUCUAACUCUAAAAGGUAUGCAGGAUGACUGAAAUCAAUUUCUCAAGUUUUUGUGCUAAAACGCUCGGUCGUUUGGUUUAUAGAGUGGUAUCUCGAGAGAGGAGAACACUACUGAGUAAUGACCGGAUUUUCAAGGUUUUUCUCGUUAUCUACUCAGCAUAUUGUAAACGAGUUAACGCUUAUUCUUCACUCUCUUCCCGCGCACCGUUUCUGACGCCUUAAAAUGCAUGUGUGUUAUUAGAGGCUUUUGAUUCGAGGACGAGGACGACAUUUAAUUUUAAGUUUUCUCGCCUGUUCUCUAAAAAGUAACACCCGGGAAGCAUUACAGUGUACAUUUUUUUACCACUAAAGUUAGUUCAUUUAUUUCCGUUGAAGGAGGUAAAGUCCUCUCCCGAUCGCUAUAAAUGAUAAUAUUUCUAAUAUUUGAUAACCAAUUUCCGCCACUACCACGUUCUCACUAAAACUCCUAGUAAAAUGACGAUGGCUAUCACAUUUUCCGGGCAAAAUGACGUUGGUUCGCACGCGUGCACAAAUCUCGUUCUCGUAGUCGUCCUCGUCUUAAUAGAGACCUUUAGAUUCUAAGAAGAGAACGACACUACGAGUACGAGAUUUUCUUAGUACUAAGUAUUGCUCGCGCGUGAACCAGCGUUAUUUUGGCGGGAAAACGUGGUAGCCGCGCUUCGUCACUCUACUACGAGUUUUUGCGCGAAUGUCGAAGUGGUGGAAACAAGAUAUUAGAUGUUAGAAGUUUGAUCAUUUUGCGAUCGGGAGAGGGCGUAACCUCCUUCGCUAAAGAUAACAGUGCUAACUUUUCUAGGGAAAAAUGGUAAAAUGAAGCUUUCCGGGGAGUCUAUAUGUUGAGAAUACGUGAAAAAACUUUAAGUCAAAUCUCGUGCUCGUAGUCGUCCUCGUCCUCGAAUCUAAAGGUCUCUAAUUAGAAUCUGAAGCUCUCUAUUUAUUCUUUGGGUAACCUUCAUAUUUAAAAUAGUCAUUCAGGGUAUACCAGAGAAUCCUCGGACCUAAGCUUUGGCAAUGUUUGAGCGUAUCGCUACCAGUUCUUUUUUUAAAGAUAAAUUUUUGUAUAGGUCCGUGUGAAGGAAUGUGAAACUGCAAUGAGUGAAGAACUCUCCUGGCCAGAAAUAGCAACACCACUGAACAAACCAAAUCCACUGAACAAACGAAGAUUAUUUUAUUUGAUUCAGUGAGGUGCGCGGCUAAAAUUUGCCUGGUAAGGAAAAAUUACAUGUUGCUACGACCAAAAAUUUGACAUUACGAUGAAACAACAAAGCGAGCACUGUACAUGUGAAACACACUUACAUUGUUACGGCCAAGGAAAACUGCUGCGUUAGCGGACUGCGUAAAAUGCUAAGAAACUUAGAAAAGCACUGAAGAGAAGUACGCUUAGCGCAGACCAAAACAAAACUGAACAUUGUACAGAGGAACUGCGGUGUAAAAUACGGUUGAAUCAUGGUUGAAUGUACAGAAAACAAAAGUGACGAAAAGACUCUAAUGAAGAUGAAAAAGAUACAAUGAGACGCUAACGAAGGUGCGAAAAAUGACAGAAAUAACUAAACACCUAAACUCGUGUAAAGAAACUAAAGAAAACGGAUAAAAUGAACUACAGUUAACAAAGCUUAAUUAAACGUACGGAAAAAUAAAGAAAGGAAUUCUGAAAAAUUGUUACACUUUGACCUAAAAGAAUGUGACACGAUAAUGACGUCAUCGCACACUGCACCUUUAAACUUGCACUUACACCUGCAGUCACACCUGUGCACCGGCAAAUUAAAGCCUCCGUAUGCCCUAGGCCUUUACACAAAUAUCACGUAAAAUCGCCUAAAUAUCUUUCCGGAAAUUCUCAAAAAAAAAAUGUCUAAAUAUCCCAAAAAGUUUUCUAAAUAUCUCGAAAAAUCCUCUAAUCUCGACAUGUCUCGUAUUUUUGUACAUACAUACAUACAUACAUAAACUUUAUUUAUCCUCGGAUUUUAGUGUAGCUUACAUAGCUAGUAUCUCCGAUACUAACUAAUUUUAAAAGUUACAACAUAUAUAAUAUAAUAUUAAUUAAUGUAGUAUUAACUAAAACUGUGCACUAACAAUUUGCGCUUAAAUUCACUAUAAUCUACAGUCUUUCUAAAGUGAUCAGGUAGAGAAUUCCAGUACUUAACAGAUGAAUAGCUAAAGGAAUUUAGACCAUAUGUGGUUGUAGACGGCUUAGGAAGUGAUAAAAUAUUAGUACCCCGUAGGGAGUAAGCAGUAGAUCUUAACUUGAUCAGUUGUUUUAAAUAGCACGGAUAUUUACCAAAAUGGAGACAUUUGAACAUACAAAUCAUCAUAUUUUGUAUCCUCCUGUUGGCUAAACCACACAAACCAGCCUUGUCUAGAAGAGCAUCAUAGUUCGAGUCCCAGUCCUUUAAAACAAAUCUUAAAAUACGUCUAUUUAAGGUGUCCAGUUUGACAGAAUCUUCUGAAUUACAAAAGUGCCAUAUCAUUGAACAGUAGUGAAAAUGGGGUAAGAUAAACACUUUAUAAAGGCGAAGCAUAAUUUCGGAUGAGAUAAGUUUGCCAAAUCUUUUGAAGAUACUGAACUGAUUAUUUAUUUUUUUGCAUACAGAGGAUAUGUGAUCCUUGAAAUUAAGUUCAUUGUCUAGAGAUAUUCCAAAAAGAUCCAGGCAUCUUCUGGUUAAAAAGGAGAAAGGGUAAUCGGUUUUGCCAAGAACCAUCCCUUGAUGUUUAGCAGGGUUUGCUUUCAUCCCAUUGUCUUCGAACCAUUUAUUUGCUAUUUGUACAUCAUGAUUGAUCCGCCGUUCCAAGGCCACUGGGUCUACAUCAGAUGAGUGCAGUUGGCAGUCAUCGGCAUAAGUGUUUAAUUUUACAAACUUAAUGUGAAAGAUGUCUUAAAAAUAAGCCGAUUUUUCAUCCCUAAGGCCAAACUUUUCCCAGCGGGAGCUGAAAAGUAUGUCAGAGAUUAUCUACACUAGUAUUAUGGAAAUAGAAUAAAGUUCAGGCUCAUUGUUUCCAGCAUCCACCAUUUUGACAAAUGGCUGCUAGUGAUAUGGAAUACACUAUUCAUGUGGGAAACCGCUGAACUGGAUUAUUUCUAGCAUAGAAUGAAGAACUGAGUAUUCUGUCAGGAAAAUAGAGAGGACAAGCUGGAAAACAGCCAAAAAAGCUAGAAAUUUUUCUAAAUAUCCCUAAAGUUUCUAAAUAUCCUAAAAUUUUCUAAAAUUUUCCAAAUAUCUUGGAAACUUGUAAAUAUUCCAAAAAAUACCCGCAUAUUUGUGUAAAGGCCUAGUAUGUCCCUUGUUUUUUAAUUCUAAUUAAGUAAACUUAUAAGGUUUGUAACAGAGCAUGUUAUCUUCCUUAAAAAGAUGCUACGAGGCUGAAUCAGCAGACAUCCAUCUUGCAAAGUAUGUACUAGUGCGUGUCAAGAAUGAGGAAGCAUAAAAUUACUCCAAUAAGGGCUGUAAAGGAUUUGUUCGUGAAAGAACGAUCUGGUUUUUAAAGCAAGGAUAUCGUAAUCCUUCACUCCCAGUAAGCAGAUUCAACAGACCUUGGCAGAGUAAUUUAGACAACGCACAAAAGCUGAAAAACCCGAGUCUCUCUACCCUUUCUUUCGUUCAGCUAUCGAAAAAACAAUAACACCAACACCAACAAACAAACAAACAAACAUUAGGAAUAGUUGGGCAUGCGAUUAAAUAAUUGUUUUUCCCCCUAGCUCAGAACUGUGACUGCUGGCGCAGCCGGUCUAGAGGUCCGAACAAGAGUGGCUGGAAUUACUCUAAUAAUCCCAGUGGCAGUGGAAACGUUGAAGCAAUCGAUUUCCAGACAAACGGUGACGUCAUUUUGUCAGGAUACCGUCUGUGCGGAGUCAGCAGCGGUUCAACUAGUUUCCAGGUCACCAUUCGUUCGUACCGUGGAAGCAGUUUGAUCCCCGAAAAGUCUGGGUCGUAUGCCACCAGGUCCAGUGUUAAGACGUUUGAGGUGCAUUUUUCUCAAAGGAUCUCGAUCCGCGCUGGUGUCACAUACACUGCAACAGCUAGAAUAACAACAACGAAACAAUCUUUAUAUAUUGAAGACGGCAUGGCAAGUGCCUCGUGUUCUGAUGUCACUGUAACCUUCAAGUCUUCCUCAAAAGACUCAAACAGUUCUAGCCAGUCUCGUGGUCAAAUACCAGCUUUAAUUUUCCGUUCCUCUCAGUGCUAA